GAUAAACCUGCUAAUUUUCUGAGUGGGCCCAUUGGUGAUGGGGGAGGGGAGACAGGACAUUUCCCCAUUUCUCAAACAGGAUACAACCCCCUUGCACAGGGCCGGGACCAUUUUCCAGGUUCCCAGUGCUGGAGUGAGACCCCACUGGCCAGAGGCCACUGUGAAAUAUGCAGUGAAGCUCUUUGGAUUCCUUUCCCUUUCCCUGGCUCAGAGCUCUGCUUCCCGCAUCAGACUGUGGCUGGCAGGUGUAUGGGAAAUGAGAAGAUCCUGUCCUGCUCCAUGUGCUGCGGGGACAAGGAGCUCCCACCUUCUCCCAUCCCCUGAAGCCUCCUGGCUGCUCUGAGCAGGGUGGGGGUGGGAUUCUGCAACUCUGGCCCUCCCAGAACUUCCAUUUCCCUAUCCUUCCUCCCACGUGGCUAUUGGUAUUGUGGCUGGGGCAGCAGGUGCUGAGUGAGGGACUCUUGUUGUUUCAGAUGCCGGUGAGCUUCGAGGAGGUGGCUGUGUAUUUCACCCAGGGGCAGGAGGCUCUGCUGGACCCCGCUCAGAGAGCCCUCUACAGGGACGUCAUGGUGGAGAACUAUGAGACGGUGACCUCGCUGGGAUUUUCCAUUACGAAACCUGAGCUGAUUGUCCAGUUGGAACGAGGGGAAGAGCCGUGGGUGCCCGAUCUCCAGGCCUUCAAGGAAAGAAGGCUUCUGAGAUGCCCCCAUACAGCAGGUGCUGAGCGAGGGAGUGAGAAUGAGGAGGGGAAUCAUCAUGAGGAAGUUCCCGGGGAAGUGGAACCGCAAGGGACCUUUGUGGGAAGAGCUGAAGGGUAUUUUCCCUGGUGCUUGGAGCAGGCAGAAUCCUGGGGAAGUUGGCACAGGUCAGAGAGGCUUCUGGGAAACUAUUCAGAGAAGAAAGUGGAUGAAUCUAGUAAUGGUGGAGGAGGAGACGAGGAUCCCAGAGCGCAGCAGACAACUGUCAAGGAAGAGGCACCUUGGCACUACCUUCAGUAUGGGAAAGGAUUCAUUGUGAGCUCACAGCUUGUGACACAUCAGACAAUCCAUACUGGAGAGAAACCCCUUCUAUGCUUGGACCAUGGGGAAAGCUUCAAUAAGCUCUCAGAUCUUAAUAACCAUGGGAGAAGCCACACUGGAGAGAAACCGUCUCAAUUCCUUGAGUGUGGGAAAUAUUUCAUUUCGAAGACACAAAUAAUUAGACAUCCGUUAAACCACACACGUGAGAGACCCCAUAAGUGCUUGGACUGUGGGAAAAGUUUCAUAAGAAGGUUACACCUUGUUGAACAUCAGGCAAUCCACACAGGAGAAAGACCCCACAAGUGCUCGGACUGUGGGAAAAGUUUCAGAAGAAGGUCACACCUUGUUUAUCAUCAGACAAUCCACACAGGAGAGAGACCCCACAAGUGCUUGGACUGUGGGAAAAGUUUCAUGAAAAGCACAGACCUUGUUAAACAUCAGGCAGUCCACACAAGAAAAGGACCCCAAAAAUGCUUGGACUGUGGGGAAGUUUUCGUACAGAAGUCACACCUUGUUCAACAUCAGGCAAUCCACACAGCAGCGAAACCUCACAAGUGCUUCGACUGUGGUAGAAGUUUCAUACAGAUGUCACACCUUGUUGAACAUCAGGCAAUCCACACAGGAGAGAGACCCCACAGGUGUUUGGACUGUGGGAAAAGUUUCAUAGAGAGGUCAAAUCUUGUUAAACAUCAAGCAAUCCACACAAAAGAGAGACCCCACAAGUGCUUGGAGUGUGGGAAAAGUUUCAUAAGAAAGUCAAACCUUGUUGAACAUCAGGCAAUCCACACAGGAGAGAGACCCCACAAGUGCUUGGACUGUGGGAAAAGUUUCAUAAGAAAGUCACACCUUGUUUAUCAUCAGACAAUCCACACAGGAGAGAGACCCCACAAGUGCUUGGACUGUGGGAAAAGUUUCAUGAAAAUGUCACAGCUUGGUAAACAUCAGGCUUUACACACAGGAAAAAGACCUCACAAGUGCUUGGAGUGUGGGAAAAGUUUUAUAGAGAGGUCAAACCUUGUUCAACAUCAAGUAAUCCACACAGGAAAGAGACCACACAAGUGCUUGGAGUGUGGGAAAAGUUUCAGAAGAAAGUCAAACCUUGUUGAACAUCAGGCAAUCCACACAGGAGAGAGACCCCACAAGUGCUUGGACUGUGGGAAAAGUUUCAUGAGAAGGUCAUACCUUGUUCGACAUCAGGCAAUCCACACGGGAGAGAGACCCCACAAGUGCUUGGACUGUGGAAAAAGUUUCAUGAAAAGCUCAGACCUUGUUAAACAUCAGGCAUUACACACAGGAGAGCGGCCCCACAAGUGCUUGGACUGCAGGAGAAGUUUCAUACAGAUGUCACACCUUGUUCAACAUCAGGCAAUCCACACAGGAGAGAGACCCCACAAGUGCUUGGACUGUGGAAAAAGUUUCAUAGAAAGGUCAAAUCUUGUUAAACAUCAAGCAGUUCACACAAAAGAGAGACCCCACAAGUGCUUGGAGUGUGGGAAAAGUUUCAUAAGAAAGUCAAAUCUUGUUGAACAUCAGGCAAUUCAUACAGGAGAGAGACCCCACAAGUGCUUGGAUUGUGGGAAAAGUUUCAUAAGGAGGUCACACCUUGUUUAUCAUCAGACAAUCCACACAGGAGAGAGACCCCACAAGUGCUUGGACUGUGGGAAAAGUUUCAUGAAAAUGUCACACCUUGUUAAACAUCAGGCAUCCCACAGAGAAGAAAAACCCCCACAAGUGCUUGGUCUGUGGGAAAAUUUUCAUAUUGAGGUCAAACCUUUUCAACAUCAGUCAAUCCACACGGAAGAGAUUCCACAGGUGCUUGGACUGUGGGAAAAGUUUCAAACAGAGGUCAAACCUCAUUAAACAUGGAAGAAUCCCACACAAUGUAAACUUCUGUAACACAUGGCAAGAAAUGGUUAAGCAACUUGCAUGUAAUUGAAAUUCAACUUUUAGAGACAGAUUUUAAAAGUUUGUCCACCUUAGAUAAGCUAGAGUUUGACAUGUAAUUGUGUAUUUUUAAAGACUUGGAAGAAGAGGACAAGUCAUGUCUGAAUAACUUAAUUGCCUUCUAUGAGGAGAUAAGUGGGUCUGUGGAUGAGGGAAAAGCAGUGGGUGUCUUAUUCCUUGACUUUAGCAAAGCUUCUGAUAUGAUCUCCUACAGUAUUCUUGCCAGCAAGAUAAAUAGGGAUUGGCUGGAUAAUUGGACCAUAAGGUGGAUAGAAAGCUGUCUAGAUCAUCGGGCUCAACGGGUAGUGAUUAAUGGCUUCAUGUCUAGUUGGCAGCCGAUAUAAAGUGGAGUGCCUCAAGGUCGGUCCUGGGAUCAGUUUUGUUCAGUAUCUUCAUUAAUGAUCUGGAGGAUGGCGUGGACUGCACCCUCAGCAAGUUUGCAGAUGACAC